CAUGAGCCCUCUGAUCAUCUCCAGUGGUUCACACAGCUGGACAUCUGGCAGAUUUAACAGCAUUUGGCACAGUGAUACAUGGAAAUACAACACAAGAGAAGCAUGAGGCAACACUGUGCUCUCAAACAUGGAAUACUCAAGGAAUUCCUGGCAGAGUUCCUGGGGACGUUCGUCUUGGUUUUGUUCGGCUGUGGCUCAGUCGCUCAGACCGUCCUCAGUCGAAACACCCUUGGUGAGCCUCUCACCGUCCACAUCGGCUUCUCUGUGGGACUGAUGAUGGCAGCGUACGUGGCUGGUGGAGUCUCAGGGGGCCAUGUGAACCCUGCUGUGUCUCUGGCCAUGGUGAUUCUAGGCAAACUGAAGAUUUGGAAGUUUCCCUUCUAUGUCAUCGCCCAGUUUCUUGGUGCUUUCGUUGGAGCUGCUGCAGUUUUUGGAUUAUACUAUGAUGCUUUCAUGGACUUCACCAGCGGGAUUCUGUCAGUCACAGGAAUCAAUGCAACAGGUCACAUUUUUGCUUCCUACCCUGCGAGACACCUGUCAGUCCUCGGCGGCUUCAUCGAUCAGGUGGUGGGCACGGGUAUGCUGGUGUUGUGUAUCCUUGCUAUCAUCGAUGGCGGAAACAUUGGAGCUCCUAAAGGCGUGGAGCCGCUGGCCAUCGGGCUGAUCAUCAUGGCCAUCGGCGUGUCCAUGGGACUGAACUGUGGCUACCCCCUGAACCCCGCCAGAGACCUGGGACCCCGACUGUUCACGGCUGUAGCAGGAUGGGGGAUGGAGGUUUUUAGCACUGCAGACUACUGGUGGUGGAUCCCCGUGGCCGGGCCCAUGGUGGGGGGAGUUGUUGCGGCCGUCAUCUACUACCUGCUGAUCGAGCUGCACCACCACCACGACGAGCCCGAGAAGCCCCAAGAGGAGGAGGAGGAGGAGGAAGAAGACGAGGAUGACGAGGACAGCAGUCUGAAGGACAAAUAUGAGAUGAUCACCAUGAGCUAAAAGAGACAUUAACCUCCAGGACUGACUGGUCAGAUUCAGCUGUUUCACUGUCAAUCAGAUGACUAACACCCAGCACACCUUCCAUCUGUAAGGACAGGCUUCCUCUGUCAGUGUGCUCUCUGUGCUAGACCCAUUAAUAGCAGGAUAGGCUGUAGUUACACUUCUGAUUGACGUUAUGCUCUGCAGAGACAAGCUUUUCCAGCUCAGUGAUGGCACCAUUAAAACCUACACGGGUCAAAACACAAAGUAAAAUAACUUAGGAAACUGUUUAGACUGAAAAACUGCAGCCAACACCGGGUCGUCUCCUCUGCAGUUUCACUUUUUAUGUUUUAUGUUUCAUAAACGUGAAAAUCUCAGUCCUGCUUCACAUUGUCAUGACUUUUCAUAUAGAUGUGUUGUAAAUAGCGCCUUGUAAAUAUCCCACUUCAUUUGAAUAUACACUUAACACGCAUGCCAGUUUCCUUUUAGGUUUGCUCCCAUGUUCUUCAGUGGUUGUGAUGCUACCAUCUGUAUAUUCACUUAAAACGUAUUUUUCUUUUCUUUUUUUUGUUGUAACUUGUAAUUAUUUUUCUUCUUUUGCAAA